AUCUCCCUCUCCAGUCACUGCCUGCAGUCACAGAGGCCCCAGGAGUUCCAGUGACUUCAGGACAUGGCUGCUGGCGUGAUCCGGCCUCUCUGUGGCUUCCGGCUGCCCCUGCAGUCCCACCAGCCCUUCCUGAGCUCAGACCCAGAGCCCCUUGAAACUUCAGAGGAGGAGGAGGAAGAAGAGGAAGAUGAGGACAAUGAGGAUAGGGAGGGCGAGGAGCUAGAGGGCAAGGGGUCCCCUCAGAACUCAGGGGUGGCUCCCCAAGGUCCCAACAGUCCAGAGACUCCGCUGCGGCUGCUGCGCUUCUCAGAGCUCAUCAGUGGUGACAUCCAGCGGUACUUUGGUCCUAAGGACAAGGGGCAGGACCCGGAUGCCUGUGAUGUCUAUGAGGAUAGCCACUUGGCCAGCCACUCAGCCCGAGAGCUGUACUAUGCUGACCUGGUGUGCCUGGCUCAGGGCGGGGCCCCAGAGGACGAGGAGGCCACUGAGCCUGAGGUCCACUUGUCCAGGGGAUCUGAGGGGCAGGCACACAGGUCAGGCUUCAGCAAGGAUGGGACACUGCCACUGGGACCCCUGGCUGAGCUCUUUGACUAUGGGCURCGGCAGUUCCUGGGGCCCAGGGCAUCAGCCGGCCACAGACUGAGGCUGGAGCGGAAAUACAGCCACAUCACCCCCAUGACCCAGAGGAAGCUGCCCCCAUCCUUCUGGAAGGAGCCGGCGCCCAGUCCCCUGGGCCUUCUCCACCCUGGCACACCAGACUUCAGUGACCUGCUGGCCAGCUGGUCAUCUGAGGCCAGCCCUGAGCUGCAGGGUGGGGGUGCUCAGGCAUUGGAGGGGACACAACUGACUGAAGCCUAG